UAUGUAAAUGGAAUCAUGCUGUAUUUUAUGUUUUCCUUCUUUUAGCGUUGCUAAAUUCAUCCAUGUUGUGUGCUACUGUAGUUCAUUCAUUCCGGUUUCUUUGUAGUAUUCAGCUAUGUGACUGUAUCACAAUUUACUUAUCCCUUCUACUAUUGAUAGACAUCUAGUUUUCUUCCGGCUUGGACUGUUAUUAACAGUACUACUGUGAACAUUCUUGUAUAAGUACCUUUCUGUAUGUGUGUGUCAUACACACCUAGGAAUAGAAUUCCUGGGUUAUAUGGAGGGAAUAUUGUCAGCUUUACUAGUUAACGCAAAUGGUUGUGCCAGUUUACAGCCCAUCAGUCUUUGGUGGGAAUGUGAAUUUAAGAUCCUGGUUGAAAGUGUGUUGUCCAAAAAUAGAACCAUGGCAAAAAUGCCCCUAAAUCAGGGAUUCCUCUGGUAAAGGCAUGGGGUAGAUGAAUGGCCCAAUAGGAUAAUACCUAUCACAAACCCUAUAUUGGUUUAGUAUCUUUUAAGAAUAGAAGCGUAUCUCCCAAUUUCCUUCUUUGAAAUGAUUCUUUAUGUUAAUUAGGACAAAUGUGACUGCAACUCCUUAAAAUAGAAAUUGAUUUCUUUUUUAAUGUGAAUGUGUUCUUCAAGCCAGACUUACAAAGCUAUGAGGAGCCAUCUACACAUAGAGUAGAUGUGAACCGUGAGAGGGGCCCAGUAACAUGACUGGGUAAACAGGAAGAGGCAGGGCUCUGAGGCAGCUCAGAGUUUCUUCUUUUAGUCCAUCUCAUAUUCAAGACCCACCUUGUGGAACUGCAUGGGGAACUGGGAAGAGGUAUCAGAAAUUUGAGGCGACCCAAGAUAGGAUGAUUCUGGAACCCUGAGGACUCUGCAAUAUGAAUAAUUCUCUGGAAAACACCAUUUCCUUUGAAGAGUACAUCAGAGUAAAGGCGCGGUCUGUCCCGCAACACAGGAUGAAGGAAUUUCUGGACUCGCUAGCCUCUAAGGGGCCGGAAGCCCUUCAGGAGUUCCAGCAGACAGCUACCACUACCAUGGUGUACCAACAGGGUGGGAACUGCAUUUACACAGACAGCACCGAAGUGGCUGGGUCUUUGCUUGAACUUGCCUGUCCAGUCACCACCAGUGUUCAGCCACAAACCCAACAAGAACAGCAGAUUCAGGUUCAACAGCCACAGCAGGUUCAGGUACAGGUGCAGGUACAGCAGUCUCCGCAGCAGGUCUCGGCUCAGCAGCUCUCCCCGCAGCUCACUGUUCACCAGCCUGCUGAGCAGCCCAUCCAGGUCCAGGUGCAGAUCCAAGGCCAAGCACCACAGCCGGCAGCCCCUUCCAUCCAGACCCCAUCUCUGCAGAGCCCCAGCCCUUCGCAGCUGCAGGCGGCCCAGAUCCAGGUGCAGCACGUGCAGGCAGCCCAGCAGAUCCAGGCUGCAGAGAUUCCAGAGGAGCACAUCCCACAUCAGCAGAUCCAGGCUCAGCUGGUGGCUGGCCAGUCUCUUGCUGGGGGUCAGCAGAUCCAAAUCCAGACCGUGGGUGCCCUUUCCCCACCACCGUCUCAGCAGGGCUCACCCCGGGAAGGGGAACGGCGGGUUGGCACAGCCAGUGUUCUCCAGCCAGUGAAGAAGCGCAAAGUGGACAUGCCCAUCACUGUGUCCUAUGCCAUCUCAGGGCAGCCGGUGGCUACCGUGCUGGCCAUUCCACAGGGCCAGCAGCAGAGUUAUGUGUCUUUGAGGCCAGACUUACUGACAGUAGACAGUGCCCACCUGUACAGUGCCACUGGGACCAUUACUAGCCCUACAGGAGAAACCUGGACCAUCCCUGUUUACUCUGCCCAGCCCCGUGGGGAUCCUCAGCAGCAGAGCAUUACCCACAUUGCCAUUCCCCAGGAAGCCUACAAUGCAGUUCACGUCAGUGGCUCACCCACGGCCCUGGCAGCUGUAAAGCUGGAGGAUGACAAGGAGAAGAUGGUGGGCACCACAUCUGUAGUGAAAAACUCCCAUGAAGAGGUAGUGCAGACCCUUGCAAACUCUCUCUUUCCAGCACAGUUCAUGAAUGGCAACAUCCACAUUCCAGUGGCUGUGCAGGCUGUGGCAGGCACCUACCAGAACACAGCUCAGACUGUCCAUAUAUGGGACCCCCAGCAGCAGCCACAACCACAAACCCCCCAGGAACAGACGCCACCGCCGCCACCGCAACAGCAGCAGCAGCAGCUCCAGGUUACUUGUUCAGCUCAGACUGUCCAGGUUGCUGAAGUUGAACCUCAGUCACAGCCACAGCCUUCCCCAGAACUUCUGCUUCCGAAUUCUCUGAAGCCAGAAGAAGGGCUUGAAGUAUGGAAAAACUGGGCCCAGACCAAGAAUGCUGAGCUAGAGAAGGAUGCUCAGAACAGACUGGCACCCAUUGGGAGGCGCCAACUGUUGCGAUUCCAGGAAGAUCUCAUUUCUUCUGCUGUGGCUGAGUUGAACUAUGGGCUCUGUCUAAUGACACGGGAAGCUCGAAAUGGAGAAGGUGAACCCUAUGAUCCAGAUGUGCUCUACUAUAUUUUCCUGUGUAUUCAAAAGUAUCUUUUUGAAAAUGGAAGGGUUGAUGACAUCUUCUCCGAUCUUUAUUAUGUUCGAUUCACGGAGUGGCUACAUGAAGUUCUGAAAGAUGUUCAGCCCCGAGUCACUCCACUUGGCUAUGUCCUGCCCAGCCACGUGACUGAGGAGAUGCUGUGGGAGUGCAAGCAGCUCGGGGCUCACUCCCCUUCCACCCUGCUGACCACCCUCAUGUUCUUUAACACCAAAUACUUCCUGUUGAAGACAGUGGACCAGCACAUGAAGCUGGCCUUCUCCAAGGUUUUGCGACAGACAAAGAAGAACCCCUCUAAUCCUAAGGAUAAAAGCACGAGUAUUCGAUACCUGAAGGCUCUUGGGAUACACCAGACUGGCCAGAAAGUUACAGAUGACAUGUAUGCAGAACAGACGGAAAAUCCAGAGAAUCCACUGAGAUGUCCCAUCAAGCUCUACGAUUUCUACCUCUUUAAAUGCCCCCAGAGUGUGAAAGGCCGGAAUGACACGUUUUAUCUGACGCCUGAGCCAGUGGUGGCCCCCAAUAGCCCAAUCUGGUACUCGGUCCAGCCUAUCAGCAGAGAGCAAAUGGGACAGAUGCUGACUCGGAUCCUGGUGAUACGAGAAAUUCAGGAGGCCAUUGCAGUGGCCAGCGCAAGCACCAUGCACUGAGAUCCCUAAGCCAUGGUGCAAGGGAGAUGAUCCAGGAAAAAAAAAAUGGACAGACUUUCACACUAAAGAAGAGGCCUCCAUUUCUUUUCUUUUCUUUUUUUUUUUUUUAAUUGGUGUAGUUAUGAAGCCUUUCAGACUGCUUCUGUUUAAAAUGUAAAAGGAAACUUUGCCUCCUGUGCGUCACCGUAAAUCUGCUGCAGCAGAUUCCUCAGCCCAUGGGGGCUCUGGGUUUCCUGAAAGCCAGAUGUCCUAGAAAGUUGCUGGCUGGCUUUUUCUUUUUUGUCUGGGGCCUGGGGAAAGGGCUCGGACUGUUAGGAGAAAUGUGGCCCCUUCCCUUACUCCAGAAAGAUGGAAUUAGUGACGGACCCUCCAGGGAAUCUCCCCAGCUGGCUUCCACUCUGACUGGCAGACGUCGCUGACCACAGGGGAGCCAUGUGGUCUUUUCUUUCUUCAUGCUCAGACAUAAACUUAGCAUCUUAAUGGAAGGAAAAUGAGGGGAACUUCAAUUAUGAUUUAUUAAAGACAAUUUCUAUUACACCCUCCUUUAUGACAAGUGACAUUUUAGAUGUUAAAGUAAAAACUUUACCAUGCCUUUUUUUUUUUUUUUUGGCCUAACAUUGAGGCCUUAAACCUGAGGCUCCUGUGCCUGAUGGAAUUCUUGUAACAUACACUUGUGUAUCAUAUAAAGAUACCACUCUGUUUCUCUUAUGUAUUCUUAAUCUAGUUGUUUAUUAAGAAUGACAAGCACGUCUUU